GCGAGUUCGGCGUAGGUGCGUCAAGUCGGGCGCGAGUUCCGCGAGGUUUAUGAAUAUUUAAAUUUAGUAGCGAGGUAGUUAGCUAGGUCAUUUUAAGAUGAACGAAGAGGAACGACCUUGACGCUGCAACGAAUUGGAGCCAGUGCAGGAUUAUAGUUAAAUCAUAGUUUAGACUAGAUUCAAACCGACUUUGCCGAAGUUCGAAUACCUUAAGCUGUUGGUGUGUGCGUUACGGGUUUGUUUUCAACGUAGAACUGAACUAGUCUCCCAAGGGUCACGCGGGGUGGAACCCCGUUGUUUCUCUGCGCUCACGAUACUCUCGAAACAAAAACCCAUUACAUCAACGUAAAACCGGCGGCUAGUGACGCCGCCGCCGUUGCCGUCGUCAGCCCCGUUAUGAAUGACUUGGCAAGCACGCCCAAUCUCUGGAAGUCAUUAGCUUCGGUCGUCGCAGUGCUUCGUAGUGCUCGUGCCACAGUUCUGGCACAAUAACAACCGGCUUAAUACAAAGAACUUAAGGGUACAACCAGGUGUAGGUUGUAGUGGUGACUUAAUUGUACGGUGCCGUGAGCCUCUCCGUGUUGACAGCCCGCGGUAGCCGGCGCGCGCGCAGUUCGUGAGCGAUCUUCGAGCGCAGUGGACGGCGGUCGGUGUAGUGUUGGUGGCCUUCCCCCGAGGUCGUGCGUAUUUCGAAAUGCAUUCACGUGCGCGACUUAAGCUGUGGCUGGCGAUUGCACUAGUUCUUAUCAGCUUAUCCAGCGUGGAGUUGGCGAACCUAACCUCAAAUGAGUCAACCAAGGUUGAGUCUGCUACGGACGUUCUUGCACAGGAAGUAGCCGAAGAAAUUACGACACUACCCGUGCCGGUUGUAACGGAACCGGUGACGACAACGGAGAAGGUGGAAACGACAACAACAACAACGCAGAAGACUACGAUAGCAACGUCUACGACGACGACUUCAACGACAACGUCUACGACGGUGGCGCCAAAAGUUGAUGACACCGGCGACGGUAAUGCCGCACCCAAUUGCUCACAGUUUGAGCUUUCACCACACCAACCAGUCUACGACAAAAAUAGCCUCAUCAAGAAAUGCUGUCCCUUUGGGGAGAUGUUCGAACAGACCAAGAAUGGUCAAUUCCGGUGCAUUCCGGGAAAUGCCUCAGUGGACGUGGAAACCAUCUACGCCGUGUUCUACGGUGAUUCCGAGUGCAUCGAGGACAAGGAAAACCGGCUGCACUUCAACUACGAACCCAACGACAUGUGUGUCGGAAGUAACCAAACCUUCCAGUACAGUCGAGAACAGGGCGAUCAGCUGUUUGUGAUCCAAAACGGAUCGCUGCUGGUGCUGAUCGAGGACAGUUUCAUGACCGUGUUCAACCGGUACUGUGUUGAAAUGGACGGGAAAUCUCGACUUUUUGCAAAAGUCUGCGACGAUGAGGUGCAUCGGAUAGAGUUGAAAUCUACGGCGGUGCUGAUUUAUAUCGGGAUGGUGCUGGCUUCGUUGACGUUGCUGUUCACCUGUUUGGCAUACGCGUUUGUGCCACAGCUGAACGAUAUCUUUGGGUAUCUGCUGGCCGGACACGCUGGAUCGUUCCUGGUGGGGUUGAUAAUGGUCACGCUGGCAAUCUGUGACGAUCGGUGCAUUGAUCCCGAUAGUACUGCCGUCCUUCUAGUCUUCGCCCACGUGUUCCUGAUGUCGUCCAUCUACGCGUUCUUCUUCAUGAACGUGUACAACUACUUGUACGCGGCGUAUUACCUUCCUAAUGGGAUGGAGUUCGAGCCCCGGGGCAAACGGGAUGUGUUCAUCUCCCUGGGGGUACUGUACAUCAUCACCAUCUUACCUCUGUUCCUGCCGUGGAGAAAUUCCCUGAUAUUCCACCUGGUGCUGUACAUCUACUACCUAGCGAUCGCGGUAGUCCUCUAUCUAAGUCACCGUGCCAUUCGGACUCUGGCCGACAGCAAGUUCAUCCGGUUCGCCGUGUCCGCGCAGAACUACACCGAACUGACCUACACCGAGGCACUUACCGCCCAGCCCCGGAUCAACGGGGAGCGGCUGAAGGACCUCCGGGCCGUUAACCGCCUCUGCACGGUCGAAGCCAUCUUCACCGUGGUCUGCUGGCUGGCGUACACCUCGAUGCGAAGCCACCCCGGCAGUGGCCAGGACGUGCUGCGAAUCGGCGCCGCGUACGCCGUCAUCUUCCAGGGCCUGCUCAUCGGAGUCCUGUUCAUUGGAGGGCGCAAAAAGUGGACCAUCAUCCGCGAGUGCUGGAACUAUUCCGGCUCGAUCGAUCUGCGGGCGGUCGAGGCAGAGCGGGAAAUGGAGCGCGAGAUGAAAACGCUGGACCGGAAGACGGAGGUUCCGCUGCUGUGAUAUGGGGUGGUCGGAAAGUCAGAGCGAGGAUAGAAUUAAUGGGGCGUAAUUCAUUUAAUUCCACAGACCUGGACAAAUCGAGUGGAAUCAGAUGGAGCACGCUCUACACAAGCAGAGCACACACAAUCACGCAUAAUUCUAGUAUUAAAGCGUUAAGGAUUACGUGUACUGAUAGUAUUUAACAGAAAGAUAAACCAAAUCAGUAUGAACAAAUUUACGAAUAAAUAUCCAAAGAG